AUGGCUAAGUCUGAAGAAGUAAACAGUCACUCCGAGGAAGGUCCAGAUAACACUAGAAUACAUAUAACUGGUGCGGAGCUACAAGCAUUAGUAGAAAAUGCUGUUGCCAAAGCCAUUGAAAGGCAAUAUAGUGAACCAAGUAGGACCCGAAGUAGGGCCCGGUCCGCGCCACAUUCCAAGACCAAGGAUCAUUCGGAGGCUCAUACCAAACCACUCUCUAAGAAGGAUGCAUCUAAGAAAGAUGAGCUAAAGAAGAAUGAUGAGGAUAAUCACUCCUCUAACCACAGCAGUAUCCCGAAAAAGGAGAUCAAGCAGAAACAUGAAUCGCACAAAUUCAUUGAUAACAAUAUUUCCGAAUACUUGGAACAUAAUUCUGAAGUAGGGUUUCUUCCUAAUAAACAUGUUUCAUCAGCCCGAUCAUCUUCUUCUCCUCCCUCCGUUGCCACUAAAAAACCACUGGAAUAUAAAUCUAUGGCGAAUGUCCAUAUAGGCGAUGACGUCCUUCGCAACAUCCUUGCUCGACUUCCAGGAAAGCCUUUACUACGGUUCAGAUGCGCCUCAAAGCAUUGGAAUCGUGUAAUUUCCGAUCCAUAUUUUAUGAAGUCGAGAUCACGUAGAAUGGUCCUUUUCCCGUUACUAAAGCCUUUUGUUGCUAUAGACGAAAACGUACCGGUAGAAGACAAGACUCAUUCCAUGGUCAGAAUACCUUAUCCUUUAGAACACUUGCCGGAAUUAGUUUCAGAACUUACCAUUGUUGGAACAUUCAGUGGUAUUGUGCUUUUGGCUGUUUGGCGGCCUCCAGCUAUUCCUUGUCCUUUUGGGUUCCUUAUGUGUGACCUGAUCCUAUACAAUCCCUUAACACGUGCAUCCAAGGUAGUUGUGGUUAUGAAACAACAUUCUUUCAUUGGUCAUGUUUUAUCCUAUGUGUUUGGAUUUGGCCAUGGUGAGACCCCACAUGACUUAAAGAUUGUUAGAUUUGACUAUAUAUGCCGUACCUCAUGUUACCGAUGGAACGUCUUUGAUCUUAAAACUAGUUCAUGGAGCACACCACAAUUCACUGAACGGGAUUUUUAUUUUUGGGGUGAUGCGGGUGUGUUUCUAAAUGGCUUUUUGUAUUGGGUAACUACAAGACAACGUCGUUUCAACAUCUUGGCCUUCAAUGUUAAGGAGAUGGGAUUUUUGAAGAUAAAACUUUCUCAUGGACUCGACCCUGAAAUGCUUCUUUUGGGAUCCAUAGGUGGAUGCCUUUGCACGAUUAACAAAAGCACUAGUGGAUUUGAUGUGUGGUUGAUGAAACAACAGUGUGAUGAGAACUCGUGGAUGAAAGCACAUUCAUUCAAUUUCGGUUUGGAAGGUAACAGGUUCUACCCUAUUUGUGUUUUGGGUAACGGAAAAAUUCUUAUGACAUGUAGCUCAAUCCAAUUUGUUAUCUAUGACACGUCAAAAGAUUCAUAUAAGACGCUCAACGCUUUGGAAACUCUUGAUCAUAUCGCCAGGCUAUCCACGAUUUUUAAUUCCAGGUCGAUAGGCGGUACUUCUCAAUUCAAGGUUGUACGGUCAAUCGAGUACGUGGAAAGUUGGGUUUCACCUUCUGAAAUGUGUUUUAUCUAA